AUGUUUGCUGCCACACAGGAUGGACAAAUAGAACUGGAUGGAGUGAGUGAUGAUAGGCCCAUCCACCUCAAUGGACUGUCCCGGGACGCAUUCAAAUUGUUUCUUGAACAUACUUUUGGAAGGUAUGUCAAUAUGUUAGUGCGCACCGGUCCUUAUACCACUGACAAGCUCUCAAAAUUCCUCCACUUCUGCGACAUGUAUCAAUGCUGCCAUACACGAGAAUUUGUCGUGCACCGCAUAUUUUCUGCACAUUUCUGCUUCCAUCCAGCUCAGUUGAUCAACCUGGCCAUCAGAUACCAUGUCCACUCCAUCUUUCCGUUCGCUUUCCAGCUACUGGCAGAAACACCCGUUACUGAAAUCACACACACACACCGCGAGCUAAUGGGACAUGAGGUAUUUUUGAACAUCGUUUAUGUUCAAGCAGCACUCAAUCAUCAUCGUCGGAUCGUAGCUGCGGAGGAGCCGAAAAUAUUGAUGCACUUGAGUGACUGUCAAGACCCGACAGGUUGUAGUGAGGAUUGGCAUGCUAUUUGGUGGAAUGGAAUGGCCCGGUUCCUUCUCGAUGGCAGGAAUCCACAACCAUAUAGUGAUGCCGUCAAGCGCUUCAAGGAACUGACGUUUGGACAGGUUAGUGAGGGUUGCAAAGAACUAAUGUUCAAGAUCCUGGAUCAAGGAACUGUGUUUCAUCAUGCAGAACAUUUUGUUUCUGAAGCUUGUCACUUUCUAGUCAAAAAGUUAAUUUUUGAGCCAUAG